CCCCCCUGCGGCCGCCGCCGCCGCCGCCGGAGAACCAGCCGCCUUCGGGGAGCGUCUGAGGAGCCGCGGGCGGCUGCAGCCUCGGGCAUCGCGCGGCGCCGGCCGGAGCCUCCGGACGAGGCCCAGGGAGCAGCUCGUCCCGACCCCGCCGCCCGAUGUCCUCAAGAUGGAGGCAGCGGCGGCGGCGGCGUGAAGGGAGCCGCGCGGUGGGCGCGGGAGCGGCGGCGGCCCGGGUCGUCCGGGCGGCGGCGGCGGCGGCGGGGGCGGGAUGGGGCUGCUGCUCAUGAUCCUGGCGUCGGCCGUGCUGGGCUCCUUCCUCACGCUCCUCGCGCAGUUCCUGCUGCUCUACCGCCGGCCGCCCGAGCCGCCGCCGGACGAGGCCGCCCGCGCGCGCGACGGCGUCCGCUACCUCAGGCCGGUGCCGGGCCUGUCCCUGCGGGAAUACCUUUAUGGCGGCGGCGGCGGCGGGGCUGAGGAGCCGGCCGGCGGGGCCCCCGAGGGCGGCGCGGCCCCGGCCCCCGAGACCCCCGGGCCGCCGACGCGGGAGACCUGCUACUUCCUCAACGCCACCAUCCUGUUCCUGUUCCGGGAGCUGCGGGACACGGCGCUGGCCCGCCGCUGGGUCACCAAGAAGAUCAAGGUGGAGUUCGAGGAGCUGCUGCAGACCAAGACGGCCGGGCGCCUGCUGGAGGGGCUGAGCCUGCGGGACGUGUUCCUGGGCGAGACGGUGCCCUUCAUCAAGACCAUCCGCCUCCUGCGGCCCGUGGUGCCCUCGGCCGGCGCCCCCGCCGCCGCCGCCGCCGCCGCCGGGGAGUCCGACGGCCCGGACGCGGGGGACGCGCUACCCGCCGCCUCCCCGGAGGAGCUGGCCUUCGAGGCGGAGGUGGAGUACCACGGCGGCUUCCACCUGGCCAUCGACGUGGACCUGGUCUUCGGCAAGUCCGCCUACCUGUUCGUCAAGCUGUCCCGCGUGGUGGGCAGGCUGCGCUUCGUGCUCACCCGCGUGCCGUUCACCCACUGGUUCUUCUCCUUCGUGGAGGACCCGCUCAUCGACUUCGAGGUGCGCUCCCAGUUCGAGGGGCGGCCCAUGCCCCAGCUCACCUCCAUCAUCGUCAACCAGCUCAAGAAAGUCAUCAAGCGCAAGCACACCCUGCCCAGCUACAAGAUCAGGUUUAAGCCAUUUUUUCCAUUCCAAACCUUGCAAGGAUUUGAAGAAGAUGAAGAAGACCAUAUCCAUAUACAACAAUGGGCACUUACUGAAGGCCGUCUUAAAGUUACAUUGUUAGAAUGCAGCAGGUUACUCAUUUUUGGAUCCUAUGACAGAGAGGCAAAUAUUCAUUGCACACUUGAGUUGAGCAGUAGUGUUUGGGAAGAAAAACAAAGGAGUUCUAUUAAGACGGUUGAAUUAAUUAAGGGGAAUUUACAAAGCGUUGGACUUACACUUCGUCUUGUCCAGUCAACUGACGGGUAUGCUGGGCACGUCAUCAUUGAGACUGUGGCCCCAAACUCACCUGCUGCACUUGCUGAUCUUCAGCGCGGAGAUCGAUUGAUUGCCAUUGGAGGUGUGAAAAUCACAUCCACGCUGCAGGUGCUGAAGCUCAUCAAGCAGGCCGGCGACCGUGUGCUGGUGUACUACGAGAGGCCGGUGGGCCAGGCGCCUCCCAGCGCAGCACUGCAGGACCAGCUCAGCCAGCUGGAAGAACACUUUCUGUCAGGCUCGUGCCAGCCAAACUAUGACGAGGACCCUGGGUUGGCAGGCGACACUGAGAGUAGAGACCUGGAUUUGGAGUUUGAAGACUUGGCGAGUGAUGUCAGAGCACAAAAUGAGUUCAAAGAUGAGGCACAAUCUGCAAGUCAUAGUCCCAAGCGUACUCCCACGACGCCUUCUGUUAGACCCCUUGGAACAGUAUCACCCGUUUUAAAUCGUAAAUUAGUUACAGGAAGUCACCCACCACCACCCAAACUUCCAUCCAAAGAAGGAAACAAACCCUUAGCCCCCAAACCUUCUGAGACAACAGACCCAGCACAAGUGUCAAAACCCACCCAGGGAUUCAAACCACCCGUGCCACCACGACCGCAAGUGAAAGCUCCUUUGCCUUCUGCGGAUGCCCCAGGUCAGGCGGAACCAGAUGUUCUCGCUGAAAAGCCAGACAAGGUGCUGCCUCCUCCUCCUGCAGAUAAACCUGCUGAAAAGCAAGCGAAACAUGUGGAUCACAUGGAAGAUGUCGCUGCAUCUAAGCAGUCUUCAGCAAAGCAAGAAGUGGGGAAAGACUUGGCCUCAGAAAGUUCCUGCCCUUCCAAGGACAGUUCGGAUGACCCUCAAACGUGGGAGUCUUCAGAAAUUCACUAUCGGAAUAAGCUAGGAAAAUGGGCAAGAGCCAGAGCCACCUGCUUCUUCGACAUAGAAGCCUGCCACAGGUACUUAAACAUCGCCCUGUGGUGCAGGGAUCCUUUCAAGUUGGGGGGGCUCAUCUGUUUGGGGCACGUGAGCCUGAAACUUGAAGAGGUGGCUUUAGGAUGCCUCACGACAUCCAACCUGGAGUACCUUUCCAAGUUCAGACUGGAAGCCCCAGCGCCCAAGGCCAUGGUCACGAGAACCGCUCUCCGCAAUCUGAGUAUGCAAAAGGGAUUCAACGACAAAUUUUGCUUUGGUGACAUUACUAUCCACUUCAAGUAUUUGAAGGAAGGAGAAGCGGACCACCAUCUAGUUACUAACUUGGAGAAAGAAAAAGAACUUCAUUUGGUCGAAGAGGUUUCUGCGCUGCCGAAAGAGGAGCCCUUAGUGGGACAGCUGGGCUUAACAGAAAACAAACACAGUUUCCAGGACACUCAGUUCCAGAACCCAACGUGGUGUGAUUACUGCAAGAAAAAAGUCUGGACUAAAGCCGCUUCCCAGUGCAUGAUCUGUGCUUACGUUUGCCAUAAAAAAUGCCAGGAAAAGUGUCUCGCUGAGAUUCCUCUCUGUGGAGCGACCGAGAGGCGGCUGGACCGGACCCUGAGAAACCUCAGGCUGGAAGGACAGGAGGCCCUCCUGGGCCUGUCUGCUCGUACUGAUGCUGAAGUCGGCAAGUCCGUCACUAGAACCACAGGCCUGACCAGGCACAUCAUCAACACUAGCUCUCGUUUGUUAAACCUGCGCCAAGUCUCUAAAACUCGCCUUUCUGAAGCAGCAGCUGAUCUAGUAGAACCUUCACCAAAACAAACACCCAACACGUCAGACAAUGAAGGCAGCGACACAGAGAUGUGUGGUCCAAACAGUCCUUCUAAACGGGGAAACAGCACAGGAAUAAAGUUAGUGAGGAAGGAGGGCGGUCUGGAUGACAGCGUCUUCAUCGCAGUUAAAGAAAUUGGCCGUGACCUGUACAGGGGCUUGCCGACAGAGGAGAGGAUCCAGAAACUCGAGUUCAUGCUGGAUAAACUGCAGAAUGAAAUUGAUCAGGAGUUGGAGCAUAACAAUUCCCUUCUUAGAGAAGAAAAGGAGACCACCGAUACAAGGAAAAAAUCUCUUCUUUCUGCCGCUUUGGGUAAAUCUGGUGAAAGACUACAAGCUUUGACACUUCUUAUGAUCCACUACAGAGCAGGCAUUGAAGAUAUCGAAUCUUUAGAAAGUCUGACCUUAGACCAGCACCCAAAAAAAAUAGGCAAGUACACAGAUGACACAGAGGAAGACUUUGAUAAUGAAAUAACACAACUAAUAGACGCUCAGCCAUUCAGCAGCAUUUCAGAUGACUUAUUUGGCCCAUCCGAGUCUGUAUAACAGACCCAUUUAUUUAAUCUUUCAAGCAAUUGGGGGUGGGGGGGGUGUUUAAAGUACCACAGAUAUAACCAUGUCUAAACCCCCUUAUAAUGCACUCUGGCCUGCUUCUCCACAGUUCCUUGCUUGUGUUAAGAGUGGAAAGGUUGUUCCGGCAAAAACAUGACCAGCUCACUAAAUUGGUUGUUUCGGAUUGCAUUUAUAGCUAUGCUUUUUGGGUUUAUACUUGGAAUUUAUUUUUACUAAUUUAUUUUUAACUUUUCUAAUUAUGGAAUUAUGUAAGCUGACUUCAUGUUUAUGUAUGUUGAUGUCUCAUGCUAUUUUUUUUUUCUUUUUUGAAUUAGUGUUAAAUUGGAUACUGUCCAGGUUCUUGUAAUGUUUUUAUUUCUAUCACGGUUAUAACAGAUUGUUGCAUGCCCAAAUUGACUGCAACAACCACUGAGGGAACAGUUUUUGAAUCUUACUUUGUGUUAUGAAGUUUGUCAUGCUACUUGAGAUUUUUAUUACUUUGGGGUCCUGGGGGUGCUUUUUGUUUUGUUUUUGCCAAAUGUAACAUGAAAGCAGACACUAUGGCUUUAGUCAGUUAAUGCUGAUUUAGUUAAAAAAAAAAAAACUUUAUAUUAAUAUUGCUUGCUUCCUAUGCCUCUGUGAAAUUUUUUUCUAAAGCUUUUGUGCAGUUGAAGUAAAGUGAGAAUACAGUGAUUGAUUUGAAGAGCUUGCACUGAAAAUGAAAACAAAAUGUAUCAGAGUAAAUAUAGAAUGCAGUUGGUAAAGAAUUUUGUAGAGAGGGAACAGGAUUAUUAAAAAACAGCAACCAGUAGGAUUUUGAAAUAUAAUUUUUUCAAAAUGUUGCUUUCCUAUUAAAUGGAAGUUCUAAUCAUUUAUGAUUAAUUUUCAUUUCCAGUUCUCCCAUAGGAAAUAAAGCAUGUGCAAGGAUGUUUAAAGUUUCAGAGGACUGUUCUUAAAAUGACCGUGUUGAUAACUGGUUUGGCUGUUUUUGUUUUAGAAACUUUUAUGUAGGAGAAUGUUGUGAAGGAGAAUCAUGCAAAAUAGAUUUACUGUUUUGUCUGACAUCCUGCAGGCUUAAAGAAUGGUGGCCAUUCUGAAUGCUUCUGUAAUUCAGACUAUCUUCAUUCAUU